AUGAUGAAAGUUGACAUGAUAGCAUUCUGUCUGACUUUCUUAUUACAUCAAUGUAGCGGGAGUGUACAGGGAUGGUUCAUACCAGACUUGUACCCAGCCAGUAACCGGGCUUUACUCAACAAUGCAAUUCAAUGGAAGACGGUAUCUUCUCAUGUAGUCUGUGGGCGAGACUGCUCCAUGGAUUCAAAUUGUACAUCCUUCAAUUACCACAUAAAUAAACGUAUUUGCGUGUUGAAUAAUGCAAAUAGAGCUGACAGUAACAUUGACUUUGUUAGUCUACGAGGAAGUGUCUACUACGAUGGUAAUUUGCAGACCCCUUCUUUCUCAACUCCAACUGACGCCAGCUUUAGUACAUGUCUGAUGUUUGCUAAAGCCGGCUAUCUUACCAAUGGCGUAUACACCAUUUACCCUGAUGCACCGACUGAUAGAUUGUUGCAGGUUUACUGUGACAUGAAGACAGAUGGAGGAGGCUGGAUCGUAAUCCAGAGGAGACAAGACGGCUCUGGUAACUUUCACCGUUCCUGGGCCGACUACCAAUCUGGGUUUGGUGAUCUACAAAACGAGUUCUGGUUGGGGAAUGAUAUCCUGCGUGACCUCACCGGAGCGGGACAAUGGCAACUCAGAGUGGAUUUGGAAGACUGGGAAGGGAAAACUUACUGGGCAACGUACGGUGAGUUUGCUGUCUGGGGAAACAAAUACACCCUUUCGGUUGGCUACUACAGCGCUGAUAGUACAGAAGGGGAUUCAAUGAUCCCACAAAAUGGGGUUCCAUUUUCAACUGGGGAUCGUGACAACGAUAAAAGCGGCGGUGACUGUGCAUCGACAUACGAAGGCGCCUGGUGGUUCGAUAACUGUUUUAAGGCACAUCUGAACGGUAAAUAUUACUAUGGGGGCGACCAGGGUGGAUAUGGACACGGGAUACAAUGGUACUAUAAUAGGGGCUGGUCGUACUCCUUCAAAAAAUGCGACAUGAAAAUACGGGAAGUCUUGAAUUAA